UAAUACCCAAGUAAUAAGUGAAUGCCGACAAAGGUGGCUCGAGUUUGCACAUGUAUAUAUUCAGGCGAUUCUACCACCUUCUCGACAUUUGCUGUUGUGCUUCUUCCCACCCUCAACCGCAAACAUCGCACCGGUCCCUGCAGCAUCUAAUUUGAGAAGCUCUUGCCCAUCGCUCUUUUAGUCAUCUUCCAAAGCUCGCAAAACUAGAAUAUCCCAUUCGCCCAACAUGAAGUUCUUCGCUGCUCUCGUCGCCAUCCUGCCCGCCGCCGCCCUGGCCGCCCCUUCCCUGGUCGCCCGCCAGAGCGCUGAGCACCCGUUCGUCAUGGACAGCGUCGCCUGCGGCUGCGUCAACGACAAGGGCGAGAUGGACAACCAUGGUGACUGCAUCUUCCAGGUCGGCGACACCAGGCAGAACGUUGGUGAUGUUUCUGGCCUCUGUUACAGGAAGGUUCCGUGGUCUGCUGACAUGACGACUGUCUUCACCACCGAGUUCUGCGCCAACAAGUGGAUCAACGGCGUCAAGGGCGCCACUCCUGUCUGCAAGCCCGUCAAGCUGUGCGACAACUACGAUGGCGCCUGGGCUCCCUGCAACCUUGGGUUGUAAUUCAUAAAACUUGAGUCUGCCAAGAGGGGAGCGAUCGCAGAUGGAGGGGGGUGGGUGGGGGACCAGUAAUGUGUGUUAUGAGUUGGUCAAAGUUGUUGGGGUCGACGUGUUUCUACUGAGCACGCUUGAUCAAAGCAAUGCAGGCCACGCGAAACAGAGUUUUGUUUAUGUACCUUAC